UCUUUUUGUUGGUUAGUUUCCAUGACAGUUAUUGUCUGUGUGUGUGAACAUGUCCACCCCCUCACCCUUUCUCCCUACAGAGCAGGCCCUCACAGCUGAGGCUCGGUAGAGAGAGAGGCAGGCAAAGCCGCCAGGGCUCUGCAAGCAGGCUGAGCUCCUCUUGGUGGGGGAAUCACGCCUCCUGAGCUCAGAGACCCCCAAGCUUCUGUGCAUUCAGGAUGGGGCCCCCUGCGUAGGGCCUGGCUGCAUCCCAGUUCAUCAGCCAGAGGCAGCAGCAGGGAACUCGUAAUCCUGGAGAAAGCCCUUGGGAUCCUGGGGACACUGUAGUCCCUGCCCCCAGCCUGCUCCUAGGAGGAACCUCGAGCCGACCCCUACCGGGUCCUCUCCAGCCCCCUCUCCUCCUUUGUCUUUGGCAGAUGAUCACUUGAUGUCCUUUUCCCCUGGUCAGGGCCGGGCUCGGACGCCUCCGGACAGCUGAGUCUCGAGGGACGGUGAAGCGCUGGCCGGCGUCGGGGCCCUUGCUGGGGGUCGGGCGGGAGCAGGCGAACCGGAGCGAGAUGGAGGCGGCGAGAGGGGGCGCGGAGUAGCCGGCGGACCCCCGGGCUCGCACCUCCCACGGCGCUCCGCGGGGGCGCGGCGGGCGGGGUCCCCGGGGCUGCCAUGGAGGUGCCCAACGUCAAGGACUUCCAGUGGAAGCGCCUGGCGCCACUGCCCAGCCGCCGGGUCUACUGCUCCCUGCUGGAAACCGGGGGGCAGGUCUAUGCCAUCGGGGGAUGUGACGACAACGGCGUCCCCGUGGACUGCUUUGAGGUCUACUCCCCCGAGGCCGACCAGUGGACCGACCUGCGCCCCCUGCCCACAGCCCGGGCCGGGGUGGCUGUCACCGCCCUGGGGAAGCGGAUCAUGGUGAUCGGGGGUGUGGGCACCAGUCAGCUGCCUCUGAAGGUCGUGGAGAUGUACAACAUCGAUGAAGGCAAAUGGAAGAAGAGGAGCAUGCUGCGCGAGGCCGCCAUGGGCAUUUCUGUCACGGCCAAAGAUUACCGAGUGUAUGCGGCAGGCGGGAUGGGCCUGGACCUCCGUCCACACAACCACCUCCAACACUAUGACAUGCUCAAGGACGUGUGGGUGUCUCUAGCACCCAUGCCCACCCCGAGAUAUGCUGCCACCUCAUUCUUCCGAGGUUCCAAGAUCUAUGUGCUGGGGGGACGACAGUCCAAGUACGCGGUCAACGCCUUCGAGGUCUUUGACAUCGAGACUCGCUCCUGGACCAAGUUCCCCAACAUUCCCUGCAAGCGGGCCUUCUCCAGCUUUGUGACCCUAGACGACCGCUUAUACAGCCUGGGUGGCCUGCGGCAGGGUCGGCUCUACCAGCAGCCCAAGUUCCUCCGGACGAUGGACGUGUUCGACAUGGAACAGGGGGGAUGGCUGAAGAUGGAGCGCUCAUUCUUCCUUAAGAAGCGGCGGGCAGACUUUGUGGCCGGCUCUCUGAGUGGACGGGUCAUAGUGGCUGGAGGACUUGGGAACCAACCCACUGUCCUGGAGACGGCAGAGGCGUUCCACCCGGGGAAGAACAAGUGGGAGGUCCUCCCCGCCAUGCCCACACCCCGCUGUGCCUGCUCCAGCAUCGUUGUCAAGAACUGCCUCCUGGCCGUGGGGGGCGUCAACCAGGGUCUGAGCGAUGCGGUGGAAGCCCUGUGUGUCUCUGACUCCUAGCUGGCUCUGGGCCCAGCCACCGUGUCCUGGACC